AUUUAUAGCUGAUGGAUGUGAUGGCAUAGAUGACAAUCUCCCUGCUUGGUAGGUGUGUAUUGUAGAGGGGAUCCUAUCCUGAGCGUGCCGGGGCAAUCUUUCGAGAUCCUUGGCAAAGAUCUCGGAGAGAUCUUUUUUGGUAAGCUCUGAGUGGUUGGGAUUAGAAGAAACAUGUAGCAGGAGACCGAGGCCGAUUUGGAAUCUCUGAGGGGCCGUGGCCGGGCUUCCCCUUUAACAUUCAAGUAGGUUGUCGACCUGCCGACCUGCCGCCAAAUGUCAUAUUUGAGCGUUGGGACCGAGCUCCCUUAGUAGAACAUAAGCGAAAUCGGGGAUGACCAUCCUCUUCAUCUUGUCGUACCAUGCAGGGACUCUCUCACAAGUCUUUCGAGUAGGGCGUGCUCGGUCCUAUACGGGAUCAUGCCUCGGAGGCUUCUCUAGGAGAUCUGAACAUUAGCUCGGACAUGGAUGGGGCCAUGGAAGAGUUCGGCGUCGUAUAAUAAAGUACAACAAAAUAUCACUUUCUGGUCAUUGAGGAGCUCCUUGGUCAUGACCGGCGCUGGCCGACCAUGCGACAUGCACAGAUGUCCGAGCCGACCUCAUACUUCACCAACUCAGUUUUACCCAUAACAGCAAACGGAAAGGAUACCCACUUCCUUCAAUCUAAUGGAAGUUAAUGAUAUUGAUGCGGGAACUGCUACAAAACCUCAAAUUGUAUAUCGCUGUAAAAGAUGCCGAAGAAUUGUUGCUGCUCAAGAGAACAUGGUACCCCAUAAGCAAGGAGAAGGUGAAAGAUGCUUUAAAUGGAAGAAAAGAGGCAACUCCUUGGAAACUGAUAGGAAACCUGAGUGCUCCUCAAUAUUCGUCGAGCCAUUAAAAUGGAUGGAAGCAGUACAAGAAGGUUCUGUGGAAGAGAAACUCCAGUGCUUGGGUUGCAAGGCUCGUUUGGGUUCGUUCAACUGGGCUGGCAUGCAGUGUAGCUGCGGAACUUGGGUAAAUCCAGCAUUUCAGCUCCAUAAGAGUCGAAUUGACGAAUGCUGUACUUGAGAAUGAUUUCUUUGCAUUUCAUGUUUGUGGAUUAGGAUGGUAAGGAAACCCAUUUCUCCAUAUAUCGAUAUAGCAUGAAAAAGUAUCUGCAUUUAUGCAUUUCAUAAGACUAA